AUGAAUAACAAGCUGACGUUUGGUUUAAAUCUAGACUAUCAACAGAGCCAAUGUGAACUUGAACAACUUGGUAUUGAGACAGUACAGAAGGAGACUAUUCAUCCUAGAAAGUCCUACAAGAUGAACAGCUCCUGUGCCGAUAUUCUACUGUUUGCAAGCCACAAGUGGAAUGUAACUCGCCCAUCUAUUCUAUUCGACACAAAAGAUGUAAUUGAAGCUACUACAACGAACAAAUUCUGGGUAGAUGUCCAACUUCGUUACGGAGACUAUGAUUCUCAUGACAUUGAACGAUAUGUCCGAGCAAAAUACCUCGAUUACACAACUGACAGUAUGAGUAUCUAUCCUUCCGCCACAGGUCUGAUGAUUGGUAUUGAUCUUGCCUACAAUCUCUACUCGGCGUAUGGGCAAUACUUCCCCGGUCUCAAGCAAUUGAUUCAGCAGGCUAUGGCCAAAAUCAUGAAGGCAAACCCAGCCCUGUACGUCUUGCGUGAACGUAUCAGGAAGGGUCUCCAAUUAUUCAGCUUUUCAUUGAUGACACAAAUGUUUUAUCGUGUUACCAUCCACAAGACUUUCGAGGGUAACUUGACGACCAAACCGAUUAACGGAGCAAUUUUUAUCUUCAAUCCUCGCACUGGUCAACUCUUCUUGAAGAUUAUUCAUACAAGUGUUUGGGCAGGACAGAAACGUCUAGGACAAUUGGCUAAGUGGAAGACUGCUGAAGAAGUUGCUGCUCUCAUUAGAUCAUUGCCCAUCGAAGAGCAACCGAAACAGCUUAUUGUUACCAGAAAGGGUCUUCUUGAUCCACUUGAAGUGCAUUUGCUUGACUUUCCGAACAUCUCAAUUCGUGCUUCCGAAUUGCAAUUACCAUUCCAGGCUGCCAUGAAAGUCGAAAAGCUCGGUGACAUGAUUCUUCGUGCCACUGAACCUCAAAUGGUUCUCUUCAAUCUUUAUGACGAAUGGCUCAAAUCAAUUUCCUCAUACACCGCCUUCUCACGUUUGAUCCUUAUCUUACGUGCUUUACAUGUAAAUCAGGACAAGACGAAGUUAUUACUUCGACCUGAUAAGACUGUGAUCACUCAAGAGCAUCAUAUUUGGCCCACAUUAUCAGACGAGGAUUGGAUCAAGGUCGAGACUCAACUGCGUGAUCUCAUCCUUAAUGAUUACGGCAAAAAGAACAAUGUCAACACUUCCAGUCUUACCAGCAGUGAAGUUCGUGACAUCAUCUUGGGUAUGGAAAUUAGUGCUCCAUCAAUGCAACGUCAACAGGCGGCCGAGAUUGAAAAGCAGCAACAAGAGCAGCAACAGCUUACAGCUGUCACAACCAAGACUCAAAACGUUCACGGAGAGGAUAUCAUUGUUACAACUACCUCGCAGUUCGAGCAACAAACCUUUGCAUCGAAAACUGAAUGGAGAACGAGAGCGAUUGCAACCUCGAACUUGAGGACGAGAUCUAACAAUAUCUAUAUCUCCUCUGACGAUGUUAAAGAGGAUGAUCAUUACACGUAUAUCAUGCCCAAAAAUAUCUUGAAGCGCUUUAUUACGAUCGCGGAUUUGAGAGUUCAAGUAGCUGGAUAUCUAUAUGGUUCAUCCCCUCCGGACAACGACCAAGUGAAGGAGAUUCGUUGUAUUGUAAUGGUACCACAAAUUGGUAGUACACGCGACGUACAAUUGCCUCAGCAGUUACCACAGCACGAAUAUCUUGACCAAAUGGAACCUCUCGGAAUUAUUCAUACUGUUUCUGGUAACGAACCGCCGUACAUGACAGCUAUGGAUGUUACUCAACAUGCACGUCUCAUGAACGCGCACAAGUCAUGGGAUAAAAAGACAGUCAGCAUGACGGUUUCAUUCACCCCAGGAAGUGUGUCACUAGCAUCGUGGGCGCUCACGCCUCAUGGUUACAAAUGGGGGUGCAGAAAAUAA